GGUCAGAUGCAUCCAAGAAGGUGCUAGUCUGGACACGUUUUCCGUCUCACGCAGGCGAACGAGGCCUUACCGUUCCUAAAUAUAUACCGCCCCCCAAAUAAGAGCUUAACACGCUCGUGCGAUGAACGGGAGAACAGUCCAGCUGUCUGCUGCUGCUGCUGCUGUGGAUGCACGUGGAAGCGUCCACAGUGUACACGUGUCCUCGUCUCGUGCAUCAUGGCCUCAUCGUUGCGAUUCUAUCCUGAGCUGGUCAUUACCUCCUGCGAAUCUGAAAGGUCGUCGUCGUCGUCGUCGUCAGACUAUUUUUUGCCCUACAUUGACGACGGAUCGAAUCUCGACGGCAUCAUCUCGAAUCUUAUCUCCUCUCUCAAUUCUGCAAUCCCCAAAAUGGAAAGAGCAAGAGGAAUGGAGGUGGGGGAGAAGAAGAGAGAGAGAGAGAGAGCCUUGCUUGUGCACAGUGUUGGCUAUGGUAGAGGACACGUGUCAACAGCAGUACACAGGUGGGAGAAGCACGUGGAGGUGGAGGAGACACACGUGGAGAGGACACGUGGAGAGAGCAGGAGACAGGUGCUAUGGCUUAUCUGUGAAGGCGGUGCUCUCUAGGGAGGAAGGGGUGAGUGGGAGGAGGAGGAGCAGGAGCGCUUCUGGCUCGCAGCAGGGGGAGGAGGAGAAGGAGGAGGAGGGUCACAACUCCUCGUCGUUGUUCCUCCGACAACGACAAUUGCAUCUGGGUAGAGGAGGAGGAGGAGGAGUAGGGGAGGAAAGAAGAAGAAGAGGAAGAGGAGGAGAGCAAGGAGGAGGAGAAGAAGGAGGAGGAGGAGGAGGAGGAGUGGAAGGAGGAGGAAGGGAGGGAACACGUGGCAUCCCAAUACGUCGCUCUUCACUGGGUGUUGCUGGGAGAUCAGCUGUAUCAUCGCGAUCCCGAUCAGAGUCCAGACUUUGGGAAAGUGAUGAGGCCAACCUAGGUUAUGGAAAGGGCGAAGGCUAUGGUCGGGAUCCCGAUGGUGGAAAACGCGACCGGUGGAGAGAGGACGAGAGAAAUUGGAAGGCAUCUACGGCAACAACACGGCAGCAGCUGCAGCAGCGGCAGAAGAAGGAGGAGGACAAGGAGGGGAAGGGAGGGGAAUCGAGGGCAAAGCCGAGAAGGAAAAAGAAGUCGUUGCCCAAGCCUGUUCGGCCUGAAGGGCCUGUUUGUUAUGGAUGCGGAGCGAAGCUACAGACGGCGGAUGCUGAUGUGGCUGGCUACGUGGACGAAGCGAAAUACGAGCUGAAGAAGCUUCACGGUCAGCUGAAGAAGCUUAUGUGCAGCCGGUGCCAUGCUCUUAGUCAUGGCCAGAUGAUUGCAGCUGUCGGUGGCCAUGGAGGUUACGGCAAUGGGAAGGGCUUUGUCUUAGCAGAAGACCUGAGACGCCAGCUGUUAGGCCUGCAACAUCAGAAAGUCCUUGUCAUCAAGCUGGUGCUGCCUUCAAAUUGUGGCUUUGUCAAGGGGGGCUGCGUCGAUCCUGCCUGAAAAUUGCGGCCUUAUCUGGUAAUGGGGGCUGCAGGUCAGACCAGCAGCGGUAUGGCCGCAGAUCCUCUGAUGGCUUCGGAAGAGAGAGAGAGAGAGAGAGAGAGAGAGAGAGAGAGAGAGAGAGAGAGAGAGAGAGAGAGAGAGAGAGAGAGAGAGAGAGAGAGAGAGAGAGAGAGUUCAUCAAUAUGGAUGUACCUCCAGGCUCCCCAAACCCUUUGUUUUCGGCAGGGAUAGCCUUUGUUACCAGCUUGUUAUCACACGCGCGCGCGCGCGCUCGAGAGAGAGAGAGAGAGAGAGAGAGAGAGAGAGAGAGAGAGAGAGAGAGAGAGAGAGAGAGAGAGCAAAUGUUCAUCCAUAUGGGUGUACCCUUAGGGUCCCCAACCCAUUUGUUUCCAGGAGGGAUAAUGUUGGUUACCAGGGUGACCCCUCCCUCUAUGCAUGCUGCAGGGUGAGGCCCUGUACCCCUAAGGGUCCUUAAAACCUUUAUGAUGGCAAAGGCUUGUUAACCCUCCUGUCAUUAUCACUGCAUCUAGACUGAAAGUUGCCCCAAAUACGGCGACGAUGGCUGUGCUUUGCUUUCUAUUAGGGGAAAGAUGGUAGGCUUGUCUGGUAAAAGUUAGAAAAGGAAACAAAUGAACAAUAAAGAG